AUGGAUGUGAACUCCAAAAUCUACGGCUUUUUGACAUGUAUCCUCCAGGCACUUCUGCUGUCAUCGGCCACCCUGGAACCGUUCGACCUGCUUCAUGACAACGGAGUGGAGGCUUUUUAUAAAGGAGACUAUGGCAAUGUGGUGCGGUACAUGGAGAGCGCGCUGAAGAGUUUCUCCGAAGUGCGCCAGACCCGAAUCAGAUGCAGGCUGAAAUGCAGUGACCAGCAUCGCUUUGACAGCUUUCUGACUGAUAAGAUUUUUGAAGUGAUCCUCUAUAGAGGGCAUUGUUUAAAUCAAUGCAUUGAGGGAAAAAUUGGAGCCCAAUCCAUGCAUAAAAUUAGCGAGGAUGCCAUUCAAGAUUUCAAUCGAAGAAAUCCCUAUAACUACCUGCAACUUGCCUACAGAAAACUCGGGCAACUGGACAAAGCUGCAUCUGCUGCUCAUACGUAUUUCCAGGCCAACCCUGAGCAUGUGGAGAUGGGAGAGGACCUGGAGCAGUACAAAGCCCAGAAAGGUGUAAAAGAGGAAGACUUUAUUGACCGGGAAUCCCGCCCACACCAGAAAGCCUUCUUUGCUGGGGUGAAGCUCUACGACAAAGGCAACUACGAAGAGUCCGUGACGCUCUUUGAAGAGGCUCUGACUGAGUAUUACCGUGCCGAUGUGGAGUGUCGGGCCCUCUGUGAAGGGCCACAGCACUUCGAGGAGCAGAAACAUGUCUUGUACAAAUACAACCUCUACGAGCUAAUCUCAGAUCAUUACACACAGGUUCUUCACUGUCAGCAUGAGUGUGUCCGAGACUUGGCUACGCGCCCCGGUCGCCUGUCGCCUGUGGAAAACUACCUGCCACUGCAUUACGACUACCUGCAAUUUGCCUAUUUCCAAGCUGGGAGGAAUGAAGAGGCGUUGGAGUGUGCAUUGACCUACCUGUUGUUCCACGAAGGCGAAGAGUUCAUGACUGAGAAUAUGGAGUAUUACAGGGAGGUGCUGGGACAUGAUGGCCAGCCUCGUAAGGAAGCUGAACAGUAUCUAAGGCGGCACAAACAGGAGUUAGACCUGCUCCUCAUCGGCAGCAGUAAUCUUGGAGUGCCCUAUAUUGAAGGGCACUACUGGAGCAGUUCGGGCGGUAGAGAAGAUGCUAACAGGAUUCCUUCUGGUACCGAUGGCUGGAUGGACUAUGUGCCAAUAUCAGCAAAGAGAAAUGUCACAAUGUCUGUGUUACAUGAGCUGCGAGAAGGAGGUCCAUUGCUGUAUGAGAAUGUACGACUUGUACAAAACUCUGACACCCUGAAUGGAAGUCAGAGGGUGCUUUUUGAUGACGUCAUCAGUGAGGACGAGUGCUCUGAGCUCAAACAUCUGGCACACACUGUCACUGCGGCUGGUGACGGCUACAAGGGGAAAAUGUCUCCUCACACACCAAAUGAGAAAUUCGAAGGGGCGACAGUAUUGAAAACGCUGAAGUAUGGCUACGAGGGACGAGUUCCUUUAAAAAGUGCCCACCUCUUUUAUGAUGUCAGUGAGAAGGCCAGGCGGAUAAUUGAGUCAUACUUCAUGCUAAACUCUACUCUGCAUUUCUCAUACACACAUUUAGUGUGUAGGACCGCCAUAUCUGGUCAGCAGGACCACAGAAACGACCUCAGUCACCCAAUACAUGCUGAUAACUGUCUUCUGGACCCAGAAGCGAAUGAGUGCUGGAAAGAGCCGCCCGCUUACACCUACCGAGACUACAGUGCCCUGCUGUAUCUGAACGGGGAUUUUGAUGGCGGAGAAUUCAUCUUUACAGAAAUGGAUGCCAAGACUGUCACCGCCUCAGUGAAGCCCAGAUGCGGGCGGAUGGUGGGGUUCUCGUCUGGCGGUGAGAAUCCUCACGGUGUGCGAGCGGUCACUAGGGGGCAGCGGUGUGCUGUGGCACUCUGGUUCACUUUAGACCCCCUCUACAGGGAGCUGGAGAGGCUUCAAGCUGAUGAGGUGAUUCAAGCCCUUGAUAGCCAGCACAUGUGGGACCACGGCCAGCAUAUAAACCCAAAAGACGAGUUAUAGUCCAUCAACCAAUGGGAGAGAAAGCACAGGGUUCACGUCAUUACUUAUUUAUUGAAUGUUCAGAAUGAUUUUAUUUUUUUACAGUGUCAUAUUUUGUUUCUGACUGUUUGUGAGAAUUUUAUUAUUAUUAUUAUUGUUAUUAUUAUGUGUGCAUAUAAAAUCUCAGUUCACAAUUAUUCGGUUUCAUACCUUUAAAGUCAACAGGAAAUCAAAAUCGACUCAAAAUUAUUCCAUGGUAUUUCUAUUCGGGUAUAACAGA